GAUUGUAGAGAGUUGACAAAAAUAAUCAAAAAAGCCGAUACAUUGCUUCCGACCAGCCAGUCUCGCGGCUACUUCGCCCGCGGAUAGUCGCGGACACGUCACCGUGACAUAUUAUUGUCGGUGUUCAGUUGGAUUAUAUUCCCUUUUAUAUCGGGAGCUGCUCAAAAAUCAUCAACCAUGGAUCCCGAAGCGUUCUUAGACCUGGCCAAUCAGGUCAUAAAACUUAAAAUGUACCCAUAUUUUGACGUAGCGCAUUCUUUGCUCUGCGCUUUAGCGGUGCGAGAAGAUUUAGGAGCUGGUGCGCAGGCUUUUUCCCGCAAGCAUCCUUUGUCAUGCUGGUUGUCCACUAUGCUCGUGAUCUUCGCGGGCGGCAUGGUGGCCAACGGGCUGCUCGGGGAGCCUAUCCUUGCGCCGCUCAAGAACACGCCGCAACUUGUAAUAGGAACUGUAACUUGGUAUGUGGUGUUCUACAUGCCCUUUGACGUCGGUUAUAAGGUGGCCAAAUUUCUCCCUGUAAAGGUGGCUGCUUCGGCUAUGAAGGAAAUAUAUCGAGCUAAAAAAGUAUAUGACGGUGUCAGUCAUGCUGCUAAGCUGUAUCCCAAUGCGUACAUUAUAAUGGUUAUUGUAGGUACACUGAAAGGAAAUGGUGCUGGAUUUACGAGACUAGUUGAACGACUCAUACGUGGAGCGUGGACUCCUACCGCUAUGGAAACAAUGCAACCUAGCUUCUACACAAAGGCUUCUCUGGUGGCUUCCGUGAUAUUUGUGCUUGACAAAAAGACUGAUUUAAUCUCGGCGCCACAUGCACUUGUCUACUUUGGCAUCGUGAUCUUUUUCGUAUAUUUCAAGUUGUCUUCCAUUCUGUUGGGUAUACACGAUCCAUUCGUACCAUUUGAAAAUCUAUUCUGCGCCUUAUUCAUGGGUGGUAUUUGGGACUCACUUGCAAAAUUGUUAGGCAAAGGUCAGCCUAAGGAAGAGACCAAGGAUGCGAAAAAAACUAAUUAGUUAUUUAAAAAUGUUAUCAGCGAUCAACUGACACCGACAAUACAAGCUGCGACGUUAUCUUUUAGUUCAUCAAAUAAUUAAAAGAGUAAAAUAAAAAAAAAAUAAAAAAAA